AAAGAAACCCCAUUGAGUCUUACAAAAGGAGAGAAAAGGCGAAAAAGAAUCCGGCGAGUCUUACAAAGAAAUGAGGUUUAAUUUCGAUAUACCAGAACCCAGCAACAAAGAUGCCCUAACACCACCGUCACAGUCACGGUCGCCUUCAUCGGCUACUCCGGCAAACGACGAGGUGGAAUGGCUUCCCCUUCAGAACCACCCAAUUUUCUCCAGCGGCACGGUCGUCCGUACAACGAGUAAUGUUCCGAGGAAACGGAAUCUCAUGGCUUGGGAUGGAGCUUCUCGUCUCUACUACUGGGACAUUAACACGCAGUCCCUACAUAGAAUUUCUCUUCGCUUCGGCGAACCAGACUCCACUUCUGUCCUUGCUGCUUCCCCUUCUAAGGUAUUGCGAGCAGAUGUGGAGCUGAAUUUCAUGGUAGAUAGAAUUACCAUCAACAGACAUGGAUCAGCGUUACUCUUGGAGGGGUCAGAUGGGUUACGCAUUAUGUACCUGUAUGGUCGCCCUUCAUCAAAAGAUAGUGCUGUUAUCUGCAGGACGGUCUCUGUUGGCUCAGAUCUCUACUUCAACACAAACAAUGCCAUCAGGACUUUAAAAGUUUCAUGGCAUCCUUAUAGUGACACUCAUCUUGGAAUUCUAUCCUCUGAUUCAGUUUUCAGGCUUUAUGAUUUGUCCUCGGCUCUUGAACAACCCGAGCAGGAAUAUUAUUUACAGCCUGUUGAACGUGGUAGAUUAAGGAAUGCUUCAUCAAUAUGCCCUGUUGACUUUUCUUUUGGCGGUGACCAUUUGUGGGAUCGAUUUAGUGUUUUUGUUUUAUUUAGUGAUGGUGCAGUUUACAUCCUAUGUCCAGUUGUUCCGUUUGGGAGUGUGUAUAAAUGGGAGUCUAUAUUGGAGAUUUAUAUUGAUGCUCAGACAUUUGGACUGAAAGCUGCUAGCUCAACAGCUGUUAGUAAUGCCAAUUUGGCAAUUUCUUGGUUAGAAGCUACAUUUCCUGAGUUGGCUCGACAAGCAGCGGAAGGCGGGAAUCAACCUGCACUAAAAUCCCAUCCUUAUGCUUUAUAUGAUGCAUCUGUUUCAUUGCAGGGUCCUCUUCAUAAAGUUUACCACGGGAAGGAACAAGAUUCUGAGUUGAAGGUUGCCGAAUGUGAAGGGCGAGCCGUCGGUUUUCUUUACAAGGCAGUAAGCAAAGAUUCGAUUCUUGUUAUGGCUUGGAGUAGUGGGCAGCUACAGAUAGAUGCAUUGGCCGAUGAAAUCCAGCCCGUUUGGAUCGUGGGUAAUCAGCCUCGUUUGUCUGUUGAUUCUCAAGAUCGAAUAGUUGGCGUUGCCAUGAUUUGCGAAACACACUCCAAUGAGCUCUCGGUUGUGACACUAGACCAAUCAACCGACCAUGAUAUUUGGUUGGGACAUUCACCGCCACUUUUGAGGUUGGGGACUGUAGAUUUAGCUUUACCUGGAAAAACCGAAACGGGUUCUUUAAUUUCGAUGUUUGUUGAUCCCCUUAUACCCGAGCGAAUAUAUUCCAUUCAUGAUGGAGGGGUGGAUUCAAUAGUUUUGCAUUUUCUUCCUUUUACGAAUCAGAAAAAUGGCAUAGAUGACGACAUGAGAGCACCAUCUGUCCAGUCGGUUCUAAGUACUUGCCAGAUGGAAUCUUCGGCUUCUCCUCUUUGUGGUUUUGUGGCAUUAUCGGACUCGUUUGGAUGCUCGUGGAUCGUGGGACUCACCUCUGCUUUCGAGUGCAUAGUAUUAGGGAUGGAAAGUUGGAACCUUUUGCUUCCUGCUCAUAUUGAUGAACAAAAGAAAUCUGUGGACCUGGAAGAGCCUAUAGAAACCGGAUAUGCUACUAUUAUAAGCAAAGAAUUACUCACUGGUCCGAAGGCGGUUCUUGUGCCUCCUACCUCACCAAACCCUGUUGCCACAGACUCCAUUGAAGGGAGGUCUACUCUUCAUCAAUACUUCAAGCUUUUCCAUGAGAACUAUGUGGAGUAUGCACAUAAGGUUUACUUUGAGCUGAAACACCAUGGGCCUCAAUUAAAGAAAAUCAUUGAUGACCAGCAUGCUCGUUUACGUGAGGCACAACAGAAGCUAGCAAAGGUUGAAGAGAAACAAGAAAAUCUGGAGAACCGAAUAGAUCGUGCAGUUCAGACCCAUAACCUCUUGGAAGAGCGCUUGUUGAACCUAAGAAACCUACCAGGGAUCCACAAGAAACCAUUGUCGAAAGCAGAAAAAGAGUUCAAGAUGGAGCUUGACAGAUUUAGAGGAUUGGAAUUGGAUGCAUUACGCACAACUAUAGAAGCUAUAAAUGGUCGGGUAAAACGACAUUCAUCUUCUCCACAACACAAGAGACCUAACCAACGAAGGCAAAUCCCGGGGAGGAGGAAGGGAAAUGCCGAAGAUGAUGAGAUCUCCCGCCUCAAGUCCUCGAUCGCGAAACUUUCUAUUGUCAACAGUGAAAACACGAAAAAGGUGAAACUUGUGGAUUCUGCAUUGCGAAACCGCGAAAGUACCAGUUGAGGAAGAUAAACUUGUUAGAAGCUUGCUUGAUAUUAAGAGUUAUGUUUAUUAGAAGCUUUGAAAUGCUUUGUAAAACUGUAUAACUUUUGAUCAGCAUUUCUGUUUUGUGUUAAUCUAUGUACCUGCAACAGAUUAACAAAAUCUUUGAUAAACCUUCCUAUGCACAAAGCUUAUUACUGGUUUGAUUAAAAACUUCAAAUUCUAUUUUUCAUUUCCAAUGGAAUGUACAAGUACGUUAUUUAUG